AAUGCAAAACCACACGUGAGGAAAUAUUUGAAGCGUCAUUUCUGUGAUCUAGGGUUUCUCUGAUUGCGGUCUUCGGCUGCGGCAUCCGACUGGCCUCCCUGCGCUCCCGCACCUUUUCUGCUCCUUCGUUCCGCGCCUUGCUCUUCUCCUCCUACCUUUUGUCUUCGUCACCCAAUCUCUCUAGCUCACCCCGUUACUCUCGUUCUCGUUCUCUCUACCCUACAGUUCAUCCUCCUCUCCCACACUCUCCCUUCGCUGGUUGCUUACUUUCUCGGUCCGUUUGCUUUGUAAGUGAAUUGCAGGAAAAGUGGGGUGGAGGGAUGCUUGACAUCAAUCUAUUCCGCGAGGACAAGGGCAAUGACCCGGAACGGGUACGCGAAUCACAGCGCCGCCGCGGCGCCUCCGUGGAGCUGAUUGACGAGGUUAUCCGGCUUGACAAGGAGUGGCGCCAACGACAAUUCGAGCUUGAUUGUAUACGGAAAGACUUCAAUCGUAUCAACAAGGAAAUUGCGCAGCUAAAGAUAGCGAAGAAAGAUGCGUCUGAGAAGAUAAAGAGCACGGAGGAUAACAAGAGGCUUGCAACGGUGAAGACCGAAGAGGUGCAGCAAGCAAAGGCUGAGCUUGAAGCCAAACUCAUGACUAUUGGGAACCUUGUGCACGAUUCUGUUCCUAUUAGCAUGGAUGAGGCAGAUAACCAGGUGGUGAGGACGUGGGGUGAGAGAAGGAUUGAAGGGAAGCUCAGAAACCAUGUGGAGCUCGUAGAGAAGCUUGGCAUUGCUGAUUUGAAGAAAGGAGCUGCUGUAGCUGGAGGAAGAGGUUAUUAUUUGAAGGGAGAUGGUGUCUUUCUGAACCUUGCACUAAUAAGCUUUGGUUUGGCAUUUCUGAGAAAAAGGAAUUACGAACCCCUUCAAACUCCUUUUUUCAUGAGGAAGGAAAUCAUGGAAAAAUGUGCUCAGCUUGCUCAAUUCGAUGAAGAGCUCUACAAGGUUACAGGGGAGGGAGAUGACAAAUAUCUUAUAGCUACGUCUGAACAGCCAUUAUGUUCAUAUCAUCUAGAGGAACGCAUCUACCCCACAAGCUUACCUUUAAGCUUAAGAUCCCCUACCAGAUUGUUUCCAUUGUAUCUGGAGCUUUGAAUGAUGCGGCUGCCAAGAAAUAUGAUCUUGAAGGUUGGUUUCCUGCAUCAAAAGUGUACAGAGAGCUUGUAUCUUGUUCAAAUUGCACUGAUUAUCAGGCCAGGAGAUUAGGAAUUGGAUACGGACAGAAGAAGAAUGAUGAACAGUCCAAGCAAUUUGUCCACAUGCUGAACUCAACACUUACAGCAACAGGAAGAACCAUCUGUUGUAUACUUGAAAACCAUCAAACAGAGGACGGCGUGGCCGUCCCUGAAGCCCUGCGGCCUUACAUGUGCGGCAUUGAAUUUCUGCCUUUCAAGAACUGAAGCAAGCAAGGGAGAGUGACGCGUGGGACUCAGGUGCUGCACAGGCUUCUUGUGAAGAAGUGACCAAUUUGCACAGUUUUCUUGUGUGUCAAAUUUCACUGUAAAUUUAUAAUUUACUGCUUUAUGAAUGUUAUACUGCUUCUAGAAUUUCACGCUUAACUUUCAGAAGAUAUAAUUAGAUAGUUUUUUUCCAUUGUAAGUUUGAUUUCAUGUUUUUCGAAGUGUGGUGUGUCCAUAGGCCAACAGUUGGAUUCUUUUUCUCUUUUAUGAAUUGUAAGUGUUAAGACAUAAA